AUGAGUAGAACACUUCAAGUUAUAAUAGCAAGAACGUUAUACGGCUUCUACCUGAUUCAAGUCGCUUUUGCAUUAACCUGCCAUCAGUGUAAUAAUGGAAAAAAUGAAAUUUUCAACGGAACUGUAACAGCGGACAAUCUAUCGCCACUAACCAAUUGCACAGUUGUUAAAGCGACUGACGGACAACGACAUUGCGCACUAGGGAUUGGGUGGGUGAAAACAGAACGAUCACUCAUUCAUGUUGGAGCUGCCUGGAAAAGGGAAGAUGUUGUUGACACUGACCAUGUUGAAACUGUUGCAGGAAACCUCGACGGACCGGUACCCACUGCCGCCAUCACGCACUGGUUAUACUAUUUGUGCUCUACUGAUGAAUGUAAUCGUGUGGAUAGAUUCAAAUUGUUGUUACAAUCUACGAAAGUCGAAUUCGAUGUCGAUCGGAUCGCCCAACUUUUGUACUCACCAAGACCGCAAAACGGGUCAACCUUAAAUUGCUUGUUCUAUUCAAAUGCUACUGAUACGUCGAGUGCAUUAUGCGCACGUCCUUCAGCUAAUAUUAGCGAGUGUAAUUACUGUUCUCUCGAUGUUAAACAAAAUACAUUGUGCACCGAUUGUUUUAUUAAUCCGAAUGUAUCUCAAUAUCGCUUUGCUGACAUAAGAUACCAUCUGUUAGGAAACAGAACUAUUCAACAAACAUUAGACAUUGACUGUAAUUUACCACAAUGUAACACAAUGGAUUAUGUGAGACGUGUCCAAGAAGCAUACAAAAUGUCGUUCGACUUCGACAUGUUUUUGGGUUCAAACUCAUCAGUAUCAAAUUUCAUAUCCACAUUCCAAUUGAUUAUUUGUUCUCUAAUGUUAAUAUUCAUUCUUUGA